UGUAUAAAUACCUUAUGCUUUCCCCAUCUCUCUUCCUCACUGUUUCUCCCUUUCUCUCUUUUCCCUUUUCCUCUCUCCAAUUCUCUCUGUCUCGCCAGCCUUCUCUUUCACUUCAUCUGCUUCAUUUCCUCCAUUUUCUUCUCUUGGUUUUCUCUUGGUUUUCCUCUGAUUUUCUCCUGAUUUUCUCUUUUUUCCCUUUUUGUCUUCUGCCUUAUUUCAGUUCUCUGCUUCUCUUCUCUUCCCAUUCCCCUACCUUUUUACUAAUCCACACUAAAAAUCCCGUUUCGACGUUCUUCCAAACCUUCUCUAUUCACAUCCAAAACAUUUAUUCCCAUAUUUGCACCCUACAUCACCACUUUUCUCUCUCCAUCACUUCCAUAACCCAAACCGUAUCCUUUCUGAAAUGAGUACAAAAUCUCCAUUACCUUCCAACAACAAUAUCAACCUUAAUAACCUAAACACCAUACCUCACAACAAAGUCCCUAUCAGUUCAAACCCCAAAUCUUCCAUUACUAAUCUACAGUUCCACUCAAAUUUCAAAAUGAAUGUCUUAAACACUCCCAAAAACAGUCUUAAUAACGAUACCAACAACGAUACCAACAGCUCGCUAUCUCCCCUAUCUUCCUCUCCUUCCUCUUCUUCUCUUCUCAUGGACGUCUCUAAUGACACCAACAGCAUCAACAACUUUAAAAAAAUCGUAACCUCCAAAAGCUGGGUCUUGCCUCCAAGACCCAAACCUGGUCGCAAACCAAGCUUGGAUACUCCUGCUACAAAGAGAAAGGCUCAGAAUAGAGCUGCUCAAAGAGCCUUUAGAGAAAGAAAGGCCUCAAAGAUCCAGGAACUAGAAACCUCUCUUUCCUUACUAAAAAACGAAAAAAACUUGAUUGAAAUCAAACUAACAAACCUCAUGAGUGAAAAAAUUUACCUAAACAAAAACAUCAACGAACUCUCAGUAUCAAAAAAUUUGCUAAAUACAAAUUACCUAAAUCUAAAAUACAAAAACCAAAAUCUAAUCAAUUCAAACCAAAUCUUAAUCAACCAAGUCAAAAAUCUAAAAAACCUAUUACUACAAAAGGAUUCUAUAAUAGCUAACCUCACAAACAACAUCACAAGCAAUACCAUCUCCAAUAACAAUAAUAAUAAUAAUAAUAAUAAUAAUAAUAAUAAUAAUAAUAAUAAUAAUAAUAAUAAUAAUAAUAACAAUAACACUUUAAAUAUCAACACAUCCAACACUCUCAAUAACACUUUGAAUAAUGACAUCGAUAACACAGACAUCUCAAACAUCUCAAACAUCUCAAACAUUUCAAACAUUUCAAACAUUUCAAACAUUUCAAACCACUCAAACUCAAACUCAAACUCAAAUUCAAACUCAUUCUUCAAAUACUCUCCCCAAAUGGCUUCUCCUGCUCCUUCUCCCGCAAACUCUCCAAACGACUCUUUGUCAAUCAACAACAUCAACAUCUCCAAAAAAUCAACCAUCAUUUCUAACGAUAACGAUGACAAUGAAGAUUGCUAUAUUUGCUCUAAGGAUCACUGCAUCUGUGCUGAAAUGGGCAUGAAAGUGAUCAACAAUGAAAAAAAUCUAGACUUAAUCGUCAACUCAUUUGUCCCCAUGGACCCUGUUCCAUUGAACAAAAAUUCAUCCCAAAAUUCAAAAAAGAGAUCUAUACACCUAAUAUCAUCCAACGACGACGACGACGACUCUGACCAACUAGAAAUAGAUUUUACUUCUAUCUACUCAAAAUCCUCAUCUCUCGAAUCCCUCAACAAAAAACAGAAAAAACUAUCUAAACUAUUCUCCCUAUCCAAACUCAACUCAGUCACAACUUCCUCUUCUAAUAACGAAAACUCUUUGCUCAAUUCAUCCAUCUCAACCCCAAAUCCAAACCCAUUAACCUCAUCCAACAACCCCAUUAUAAACAACAACAACGACUCCCUAAUAAAUGACUCAUCCACAGAUCUAUUCAAAACAUACAUUGACAAGGAACUAACUUCUCUAGAACCAUGUGGCUUUUGCUCAGAAAACUCUUUAUGUGUUUGUCGUGAAGCUGCAAAGGAAGCCGCUGAAAUCGUCAGCAACCUAAAAAAGACUUCCAACUUAUCUUCUCCUUCCAACUCAUUACCCAACGACUCCAACUCUUCCACUAAUAAUAAUAAUAAUAAUACUAAGAUAAAAUUACCUCCUUUAAAAAUAAACCAUACUAAAAACUCAAAUAGUAUCCUAUCCAUACUAAACAUCGAAAAUGGAAGUAACAAAAACAAUGACAACGAAAGUGACAUACAUAUGAAUGAUAAUGAUAAUGAUAAUGAUAAUGAUAAUGAUAAUUCAAAUGACAAUGAAAAUAUCACCACUAAUGAAAGUAAUAACAACGAUAAUAACAAAUUAUUGACACUUCAUCCUGGUCCAACUAUGGAAUUGAAACAUUUCACAAAUGCUGAAGAUAAAAGAUUGCAAAACCCAAAAAAUGCUCAAAAACUGUUAAUCAAUAAAAAUAAUGACGAUAAUGAUAACGAUAACAAUAACCUUUUAUCUUCUCCAACUCUAAGUUUGAUCUCUCAAAUCAAUAGAGAAGCAAGAACCAAAGACAAUAACAACAACAAAAAGGAUAAAUCAUUAUGCACUGGUGAUCCAGGAACCUGUUCACAGUGUCAAAAAGAUCCAAUGUCUACUCUUUUUUGCACAACUUUAGCUUCAAAGGAGUCUAAUAUCAGAUCAACUUCAAAUAUACAAGAUAAUGUCUCUGCUGCUACUUCUACUACUGCUACUAAUAAUAAUAAUAGUAAUAAAAAAUCAAAUCACCUUUCAAGUAAAUCAAUGACUCAACUUCCAUCAUUGGCUUCAAUAAAAGAUCAAGUCAAUAUUGAUAGCAAUAAUAAUGUUCUUAAUAAAAAUAUAAACAAUAUCAAUAAUAAAGACGAAUUGUUUAUUCCCUGUGCUGAUGCCUACAGAACAUUGUCCAGACAUAAACAAUUCAAUACUAUGGAUUUCAGCACCUUGGUUGGUAAAUUAACCACUAGGGGAAUGCAAGUUGAAGUUCAAAGUGUUGUCAACGUUUUAAGAGAGUUGGAUCGAAGACUAUACAAUUAAUUGGGUUCUUGAUUUCUUAUUCUUAAACGUUUUCUUAUUUCUUUCAUAUUCUUUAUGGAAAAAAAAAGAUUUUUUUAAACAAUUUUAAAUGUUAAUUAUCCUGUUUUCUUUUUUCCCCUUUCUCUUCCGUUUAUUUCUUUUUUUGAAAAUUA